AUGUCCAAGGAAGACUCAGAACUCGAAAUCGGUACCAAGAAAACGAUUGAAGCGCGCGGGAUCCGGAUUGGGCGUUAUAUUGGUAGCGGCUCAUAUUCAAAGGUCUACUGCGCCGUCAACCCGGAAAAGAUGGAGAUUGCGCUGAAAGUGAUUGAGAUGAAGGCAAAGAGCGAUUAUAUCCAAAGAUUCUUGCCGCGUGAAGUUGAGAUUGUUCGCCGCCUCAACCACCCAAACAUUGCAAGAAUUUACAAGGUGUACUUCCUCGAGGGCCCGAAAGUUACGGUCUUUGAAGGCGAAUUCUGCGCAAAUGGCGAUCUCCUCGACCGUAUUAAGCGAAACAAGCAGCUCACCGAAGUCGAGGCAAGGCCCUUUUUCCGUCAGCUGAUUGAGGCGAUGAAGUACCUCGAGGCGCACGACAUCGUCCACCGCGACCUCAAAUGCGAAAACGUCUUCCUCGACCGGUUCGACAACGUGAAGCUCGGCGAUUUUGGCUUUUCACGCGUGUUGAAAAAGGGAGAGAAAUCUGACACCUUUUGCGGGUCAAAGAUCUACGUAGCGCCCGAGAUUCUGCGAGGACAAAAGUAUGGCGGGAAUGCGGUAGACAUCUGGAGCAUGGGCAUCGUGCUAUACAUUAUGGUGACCGGUGUGAUGCCGUACGAUGAGGGGAACCUGCAGAAGAUGGUCGAGCGCCAGAUGACGCACAUGGUUCGACUCGAUUACAACGAGAUGAUCACGAGUGAAUGGCUGAAAGAGACGCCGUAUAAGAUGUCGAAUGAGAAGACCGGAAAUAAUGGCACGCCCGCCGUCCAAUUCGUCCAACCAAAAUUCCGCAUGCUCAAAGACGCCCCGUUGUGC